CUACAUGAAAGAGCUGUCAUUUCCUCUGACAUGAAAUUAGGAUUGACCACCUUUUUAAACGCAUACUACGAGGCAAUCCUGCUCAGUCCGGAGCUCUGCUGCAAAAUGUCAUUCACUGACGCUCUGACCAUUGUUGGAGGACUCGCUGUUGUUUUCCACCUGCUGAGACUGGCCUGGAGAUGUUGGUGUGGAUUCAGAGAGUUUAUUCUGUCAGAGCGCUGGCAAGUGGAUUUAAGGACAUAUGGGAAAUGGGCAGUUGUCACUGGUGCCACAUCUGGCAUCGGUAAAGCUUAUGCCACAGAGCUGGCGCGUAGAGGCCUGGAUGUUGUUCUGGUGAGCAGAUGUCACGAUAAGCUUCAAAUGGUUGCCAAAGAGAUAGAGGAUCAGUAUGGACGAAAGACUCGCACCAUCCAAGUCGACUUCACAGACGGCCACAGUAUCUACCCUGCUAUAGCCAAAGGACUGCAAGGACUAGAGAUCGGAAUUCUGGUAAACAAUGUGGGGAUGACCUAUGCUGAUCAUUUUGCCUAUUUCCUGGAAAUACCAAAUAUUGAACAAAAAAUCACUCAGGUUAUCAACUGUAACGUGCUGUCGGUCGCUCAGAUGACCAGACUGGUUCUCCCAGGCAUGGUUGAAAGAGGAACGGGGCUGAUCAUUAAUAUCUCAUCUGAAGUGGGCAUCCAUCCACAGCCUUUGUUGUCCCUUUAUUCUGCCACAAAGGUUUUUGUGACACAUCUCUCUCACUGCCUGCAUGCUGAGUACAAGGCGAAGGGAAUCACGGUUCAGUGUGUCAGCCCUCUCCUGGUGUCCACCAACAUGACGCACAACAUGCCGGUCAACAGCUUCGUGAAGAGCGCUCCAGGAUUCGCCCGUGACGCCUUGAACACCGUGGGCUACUCCAGCCACACCAGCGGCUGUCUGUCCCACGCCCUCCAGGAUGCGGCGAUCGCAAUACUCCUGCCUGACUGGCUGCGUAUGUCGACAGCCGUCAUCAAAAAGCUUAGCAAACUUGCAGAAGACAGUGAAUAUAAAAGAAAAUUGGAGGGGCAGAGAGAAAAGCAGGAGUAGUCGUCCGCCUCCAUCUGCAAGGAAUGAAGAUUGCAUGCUUACAAGAUUGACGUGAUUGUGAUUUUUAGAGCUCAAUAUAGGCAUCAUUCACUUUUCACGUACAUUAAAUGUAAUAUCAGAGCAAGGUUUCUGUAAUGAAUAGGACAUAUUAUACAAGUAAAAACUGUUCACUUGUAUUUAUUUAUUCAGAAUGAUUGUAUCAGUAAAGCAGCAUACCACAGUGUCUUUUUUAUAUUCAUAUUUAAAUUACAAACACAGUCUCUGUUUGCAUUAAAGCCAUCUUUUAAAUA